AUGGGCUCUAUGGACAAGGGUCUCGAGGUCCGCGUCGUCGUGGAAACCUACGAGCUUCUCAAGCGCGGGAUGGGCAAGACAAGAGGCCGACUCGACAACGCUCAAGUCAAGCGGGCGGAGAACGCGAGAGGAAUCCUAUACUUCAACAAUACUUCCAAGAUCUUCUUCAACUGGUUCCGUGCAGGCCUAGGUAGCUCUAGUAUCGCCGUCAGCCGCUUGUCCCAGGCCUGGUACGUUAAGACGGUGUCUCUUGCACAUCGUUCCUGCCAUUCGCAAGGAGUCGGCGCCCAGUCGCCCCGUGUGGCAAUUGCCGACUUCAAGGAAGGCCUACGGUCGGCCCUGGUGGAGGUCCUGCCCCCUUUCCAGCUCCAGCACUGCAUCUUCCAUGCCGAUGCCAACGUCGACCUCAACGUCAAACGGGAAUGGCUGGGGGCUGUAGCUGUGGGAGUUCAAGAUGAGAUGACUUCAAUGGACCGUCGGAGCCGCUGCGCUGGCCCGGGAGGAGCUUAA